CACGAUAGUGUAAACCUUUCUCUAAAAUAAAACCUAGUGUAAAGCUGAAAAAGGAAAAAAUAAAAAGGAAGAAUUAGCGGGGAAGAUAUUAGAGAAUGUGAUCAACUGCCAACUUGGCAUUUCCACUCUGCUUCUCCCUCCUCUGUAUCCGCGUCUCUAAUCUCAAUCUUUCUCUCUCUUCUUCUCCUUCCCGGCGAUUUCUCAAGCUGACUACCGACACAGAUUUCUAGGGUUUUCUCACUCCAUUUCCCCCAAAUCUCGUCAGAUCUUCCCCUUCAAUGCAUUCUCCGAUCAAUUUUUAGCUCGCGUUGCUUUGAAUGCAACUUCAUUUUCUUCCUGUCUCUCAUUCAUUCAAGACAUUUCUCGUAUAGUUUUUUUUUAAUCGAUAACUCGAUUUCGAUCGAGUUUGUUGAAGAAAGUGUUCAACAAUGGCGACUCAUAGUCCUGCUUCACCUGGCCAGGUAGCAUUUCUCCUUGGAUUUGUUCCAGUUUUCGUGUCAUGGUUAUAUUCUGAAUUUUUGAAUUACAGAAAAAGGCCUACCAUCUCCAGAGCGAGGAAUUCCGAGGUCAGCUUGGUCGAGGUUAGAAAUGGUGCAACAGAGGAAGGUGAGAAUGCUGUUUUACUGGAAGGUGGAGGAACACAAUCAGUGCCUUCAGGGGCUCGGAAUGAAUCUCUCAUGCAUCAUAUCUCAAGGUUUCUCUUAAUGGAUGAGACUUUCUUGCUUGACAACCGGUUGACUUUGAGAGCGAUGUCUGAGUUUGGUGCGUUUUUGGCUUACUUCUACUUCUGUGACCGCACAAAUCUUUUUGGUGAAUCUAAAAAGGAUUACAAUCGAGAUCUAUUCUUGUUUCUCUACUUUCUACUUAUCAUUGUCGCCGCUAUAACAUCAUUUACAAUACAUACGGAUAGAUCACCGUUCUCUGGAAAAUCAAUUCUUUAUUUGAAUAGGCAUCAAACUGAAGAAUGGAAAGGUUGGAUGCAGGUGCUCUUUCUGAUGUACCAUUAUUUUGCUGCUACUGAGGUUUAUAAUGCUAUCCGGAUUUUCAUUGCUGCAUACGUAUGGAUGACUGGAUUCGGGAACUUCUCCUACUAUUAUAUCCGCAAGGAUUUUAGUGUUGUGAGAUUUGCUCAGAUGAUGUGGCGUCUUAAUUUCCUGGUGAUAUUUUGCUGCAUUGUCCUAAACAACAGUUAUAUGUUGUAUUACAUAUGCCCAAUGCAUACUCUUUUCACUCUAAUGGUUUAUGGCGCUCUUGGCAUCCUGCACAAGUAUAAUGAGAUUGGAUGGAUCAUGGCUGUAAAAUUUGGUGCUUGUUUUCUAACUGUUAUACUGAUUUGGGAAAUACCCGGGGUUUUUGAAUUGAUUUGGAGCCCAUUCACUUUUCUUAUUGGUUAUGUUGAUCCUGCAAAACCAAAUCGCCCUGUCUUGAAUGAAUGGCACUUUCGCUCAGGCCUUGAUCGCUACAUAUGGAUAAUUGGAAUGAUAUAUGCCUAUUAUCAUCCCACGGUUGAGAGGUGGAUGGAGAAACUGGAAGAAGCAGAAGUGAAAAGAAAAAUAGCUGUUAAAGCAGCUGUCGUGAUGAGCGCUUUAUCGGUAGGGUAUCUCUGGUUUGAAUACAUAUACAAGCUAGAUAAAAUUACGUACAAUAAGUUUCAUCCUUACACCUCAUGGAUCCCAAUUACUGUCUACAUAUGCUUGAGGAAUGUUACCCAGCACUUACGAAGCUACUCGUUAACACUUUUUGCAUGGCUUGGCAAGAUCACAUUGGAGACUUAUAUCUCACAGUUUCACAUAUGGCUAAGAUCUAGUGUACCCGAUGGACAACCCAAGUUGUUGUUGUCAUUUAUCCCAGAUUACCCAUUGCUGAACUUCAUGCUCAUAACUAGCAUAUAUGUGGCUGUUUCAUAUAGGCUAUUUGAAUUAACAAACACUUUAAAAGUGGCAUUUGUUCCAAGCAAAGACAACAAAAGGUUGAUAAACAACAUAGUUGGAGCUUUGGCUAUCUCCUGUAUUCUCUACACACUGUCACUGAUGCUACUGAAAGUCCCUCAGAUAAUGGUGUGAUUUUAGAGAUGUAAAAGUAGUGUAGAAGCCUGCAUAAUCCAAGUUUCUCAAGUGCUUAGACCACAUUGAUAUGUUAUCAUUUAUCAGGAGACAACAUAUCUGAAAAAAGAUGAUUCAGAAAAUACUAUAGUCGUACAAAACCCCACUGGAAUUGUGGCCAAGUCUUUCUGAUCUGUGUACAGGAGAAAGCAGGAAGGCUGGGAAACACGUGCGUGCAACAAAUCAUGUUUCGUUAAUUUUUUUAGUCAUUCUUUCUAUAUACUCCCGUAACUCUUAAACCCAGAUGAUGUAAAAUUGCUUAAACAUUAGCCAAGCAGUUGAUCAUGUAAUACCAAACAAUUUUGGAUAGAAAGUUAUCGUAUGUUAGAUAUUGUGAAGA